AUGGUCCCGACACCAUUUGACUGCGACUUUGGGUUUUUGUAUCAGACGUACGAAUUUCCCGCAGAUCUUAACGGGGAAUGGGAGGAUCCGAUUCUGCAGCCUCAACGGUCGUUGUCAAAUGAGAACGGGGUUGUAGUGAGAGUGGUUGAUUUUCCGCCAAAGACUAAGACUCGAUUUCAUCGGACGGUGUCGUUAGAUUUUGGGAUUAUAUUUGAGGGGGAAAUGAGUUGCUAUCUCGACAACGGAGUCGAACUCACCAUGAGAAGAGGUGAUGUCUGCGUCCAACGCGGCACAAUGCAUGGAUGGGAGAACAAGAGCGAUAAACCCGCUCGAAUCUACUUUGUCUUGACAGGUAAAUAUUUCCUCGUAGCUAUCGUAACCAAUAUGCUGAUUAUCUAUGUAGCAGCCAAACCAGUCAGCCUAGGAGGGAAGUUACUCACAAACGCCGGCUUCAAUGCUAAAGAUGAAGCAAAGCUGGCUGAGAAAUGA